AAUAAUUGUUUAUCUUAUGAAGUCUAUUUUAUGUUUCUAUACGAGUUUUUUUUUCUUGCAUCGAAAGAUUUUCAUAACCAUAUUUUGGUAGAUUUAUAAGAUUGGAUUGUUUGCUCAAACCAACAGGGGUUCUUGUUGAGCUUGUUCGAAGGUCAUUGUAUCAUCAAUUUUACAUGUCACAAUUUGCAUCGUUGAAUUUCCAGGAUUUCAGAACUCAAUUUCAAAGAUAUCGUUUUUGUGCUUUUAGAAUAAUUUAAAAUCUAUAAUUUUGUUUUUUAAUUUAUUUGAUUGUAUUGUUUAUGUAAUUUUUCAAAGUUGGCUUGCGAUAUAAAUUUUAAAAUUUCAGGGUUAUAAAAUUUGUCCCUUUUUUUUAAGUUCCACUUAAGAUUUCAUGACUUUUCAGGUGAUUGCAACCCCUGGCUUGAUAAUUGCGGAAAUCUUUAGACCGAAACCAUUUGACACAUCCAGCAUCUAGAUUAAGGUAGCUAAAAACAUCUUUGUGAUCAAGUACAGAAUACAUGGACAUAAUUCAAGCUAUCAAAUAAAUUAUUUAUAGACGAUCUUCAUAAUAAUUUUUAUUAAUUUCAUUAAUUAAUCAUAAAUAAUCUUUAUUUAUACAUAAAAACAAAUUUAAUUGCGUCCAAAAAAAAAACUGUAGAAGCAAUGGGUAAGACAGGAGAAGUAAUUUAAGUUUUAAAAUGAUCGAUCGAUGAAAAAACACCAGGAAUCUCUUUUAUUAACACAAUAUCACGUCUAAAGACGCUUAAAGUGGGUGGGUCUAUAAUUCCUAAGGAAAUAAACUUAAUAAUAAGAUGACUGAAUUGCAAGUUGUUUGUUUACACGCUAACAAACCACGUGAUAAAAUAACGCAAUGUAAUUGGCUAAAAUAUCCGUCCCAUGAAAUGUCUGAACGUCCUUUCUCUUUACAAUAAAAACAAAUACGAAAGAAAAAAUUGUUCCAGAUAAGAAAAUUAACCAGGAAAAGCGCGAAGCAGUCAUAUAUUUUAUCAUGUUGAUUUUUUAAUGUGGUUUGUCAAACACAGCAAGUAGAACUGUAGUGAAGAGAGAGGGGAGUGAAAAAAGGCUGUGUCAGCAAUUUAAGCUUAUAUUGUUGUCAAAAAUUUUAAGAACAUUAAUAGUUAAUUUUGUACCUUUUUUUCACUAAAAAAGUUUGCUUACGUCAGAUUUUUAUUCUGUUUAUAUCAAGGAAAAGCAAGAAGAGUUGUGAGGUUUAGUUUGGAAGGGUUAGUGUUUGCAUAAGUAAGCAAGAACUAUUGUCAGAACAAGAAAGAGACGUUAGAUUUCUAUAGUAUUGUCAUUCGUCUCUAACUAAGUAAAUGCGUUUCUUUAUAAAUAAAUGUACUACUUUUCGGAUUCCGGCUAAAUAUUUCUUCCUCUUUUAGGAUUUAUUUUUAAAAAAUAUGAACAAUCUAUGUUAGCCAUAUAUUUUUUCUGUUUUGGUAAUUUAUCAAGUUACUAAAAUAUAUUUCACGUCUUUUUUACGUACUCCUUUAUUUCAGUCAUUUUCCUUAUAUUUCAACAAAUGCCAUUCUUAGGCAGCAAUUUAGAACUUAAGAAUGAGAAAAUUGUUCCUCUCUAUUUUCUCUUGUUUUCUUGCUUAUUCUCGUUUUUCUUUUGCUUUUUGUUUUUUUGUUUUUUUCGUUUAUUCUCGUUUCUUGUUUUUUCCGAUUCUUUAUUGUUUUCCUUAAAUCUAUCCCAAUUUAUGGUUGUUUUUUUUACAUUACUUAGUUAAUUCCCCUUCCUUUGUCUCUUUUCAGAAGUUUUUGCAACUACUUUGAUUUUUAAGGUAGCUAAGGUGCUAUGUCUAACAAGACUGAUGAGAGUAGUCUUGUGCGAGGUUCUAGGUUUAUAAAACACUGCCAUGUUUGUGUUGCAGCAACUGGAAAAUAAUUUAAGGUUGAUAGGUGCUAUUAUGCGUCAGAUUUUAGAUGUUUCUGAAGAAGCUGAACAGUGGCAAGAAUGUCACAUGUUAAACCAGGUGUGUCAAGUAUUGAUGAUUUUUUCUUUAGCUAGAGUUGCUAAACGUGACAUUUUUUUAACAUUCUGAAACAGUUAACAAUUGACAUUAUGGUACUGUUAGGCAGGUACAGGUGCUUAAUCGUAAAAAUUAAUGAGCAGACAGCCAGUAGACGUCAUCGAGAUGCUCAAAAACAUGUAACUACACUUUAAAUGGAAAAUAAUGUGAAGACUGUCAAUAAACGACCUCGAGAUGCUCGAAGGCGUGCUGUUGUUUGUAGACGUGAAAAAUAACGCAGCAUCACAAUGUUACACUUCAAAAAGUAUUGAGUAGCGCUGUUUUGUUAGUUUUAUGUGGUACUAAUGUACGCCCUUCAUCUUUGUAGGUAGUGGUAAUUGUUUUUGUAGAGUAAAUUAAUUGCUUCUUAAUAGUAUACAAAACAACUCACAAGUAAUAUCCUUUUUAAUUUAUUUAAUCGAUCUGUAUAAUAUUGACGUAGUUGGUCUUAGGAGAAAUUAGAAAAAUUAGAAAGAAAUAUAUCAUGAAUAUUAAAUUAACCCUGUUCGCCUUGUUCUGGAUAAAAAGCAUGCUCUUCUGUCAAUGCGAGGAUGGCAUUUAUCAUAUGGUUUAUCAAGAGCUAAAGCCUUUUAUAUUUACUAAUGACAAAAACGAAACUGAUGGUAUGCUUGCAAAAGUGUUCACCGGGAUUAAGCACUACUGUUUUUUAAAUAAUGAGGUCCAACGAAAUAUAACCGAAUUUGUUCAAUACCGACACCGAAGUAAUAGUCAAGAGGAAUUGAUGGAAAUACUUACAAACAAAAGUAUGUCAUAUGGCACAGGCAAAUUGUCCAAUAUUUCAAAGAAUAAAGCAAUGUGGGGACCUUUAACAACUUUUAAAAUGAAUAACACUGCUCUUGAAAGUCGAGGAUUGUAUCGAUACACUUUCCACAGAUCAACAGCAAUAGCAGUGAUUGUUACGCGGGAAAAAAUAUCAUUGUACAACAAGUUUAUCAGAGGUUUUUUAAGUUGUAAACAUAUAGUUACUUUGGCUGCGCUACUGAUUGUGAUUUUUGGUAUUCUAAUUUGGAUACUGGAAAGAAAGGUUAACGACAACUUCAACGAAUCUUUUUUAAAAGGAGCAAUGACUGGCAUAUGGUGGAGCUUUAUAACACUUACAACAGUUGGUUAUGGAGAUGUAGUACCCAAGUCCCCACUAGGAAGAAUAUUGGCUUGUGUUGUAAUGCACACUGGAAUGGUAAUUAUAUGCGUUAUAACAGGCACAGUAACAGCUGUGGUAAGUGGCACAAGUGAUCUAGGGAUAUAUGAAAGACGUGUUGCAGUAAUGAAAGAUUCCUACGAAGAAAGAAUUGCUAAAGGGGAUUACAAAGCAGAAACUAUCAGUGUGGGAAGCUAUGAAGAAGUGGUACAAAAAGUUCGCAAUGGAGAAGUUUUUGCAGGUCUUAUGAACGAAGAUGUUGCAUUUGCAUAUCAAGACAACAUCAUUGCGGAUGAUGCAUCAGCCCCACUUAGAUUUGUAUACACAGUUCCAGCGAUUAUUGACGUAUCUUUAAUGGUAUCUGAUCUUACAGAAUUUGCGUUACGUUACUGGGGAUGUUUUAAUGCUCUGAAUGAAGAAAUUGCCCAUAGCUCUGUCAGAGAAUUUCAAACCAAACUUAAGAUUGAGACUUUAUAUAACAUUCCUAUCAAGGAUUUACUAAAAAAAAGAUUUUUUCUGGUUUUACUUGGACUUGCAUUUGGUCUCAUACUAAUGGGAAUAUUGCUAGAAAUGUUCAGAAAAGUAAGAUCAAGUGCUAAAAUUACCAAUUAUGGAGAAGAGGUUAGUGUCGCUAGAACCACACCAAGUAAAUCGUAAAAUAAGAAAAAAGUAAACGCAAAAUGUAAUCAACGAAACUAAUUUUAUUUUGAAAUCCUGCAUAAUUAGUAGCAUAAUCAAAGUACUUUUUUUGGUGUGACAAAUGUACACUCUUUUAUUUUUUUUAAAAUGUAAUAUAUAGAAGUAUGCUCAAAACUUGAAGUUUAAUCGAUCAAAAAUGUGUAAACAACGUAGCGUGUUUUAUUUAAUGUAUGUAUUUCAGUUUGGUAUUGUUCAUCAGUUAAAAUAAUUUAAGAAAGAUUCACACUUUUCAUAUGAGCAUAUUAUUAUUAGCGUAUUACAUAAGAGUAGCCAGGGGACACGACAAGUAGGCAAAACAAUUUGAAAGAGUUAUUGCGCACCAAAUUGUUUACAUUUUCUACUUUAUGGAAAAAUGGAAUAGAAAUGUGUUGUUAAUUGAGGGCACUAGAACAUGUCAUGGUAUCUAUGUAGCAAACCUUGACAUUAUGUUUGCGAAUGUUUAUUGUGAUAGUUUCCUUUUCUGAGAAAACAUGAUCUUGUGAACGUUUUUGAAAAACAAUAGUUCAUUUUCGAUUGUUAAGUUUGUGAUAAAUGGUAAUAAUUUGUUAAAAGAGGUUGUUUAUUCUGACAGAAAAGUCAGGAAUUUUGAAAAUAAAGGCAAAUUGUCAUGAAAAUUUAGUCUUUUUAUGAAAAUCCAGCAACUUUAGGUAUGUUAUUAUUGGCUUAUAAACCGUUUAGCCGGGCGCUACAGGAAAAUAGCGACUGAGGUUGUGACGUUAUGGACCGAACGCAGUGAGGUUCAUAUGGAAACAACCGAGGUUGUCGCUUUAUAAUGGAUCCAGGAAAUCGAAGUCCCGAAAAUUCCUAAAAUCUUCUUUUGGGAUUGUUUCUUUGAUUUUUUUUGCUAGCCAAACACUACGCCAACACCAACAAUGUUAGUCGAAUUUUUUUAACUCGCCAACAAGCUAGAUUUCGACGCUAUGAAAAUACAGUGCGUGUAGUUUUUUUCAGAUUGUGUAAUUUUGUAAUAAUAAUUUUUGUAAAAAAUGAAGGUAUUGAUAUGAGGGUUUGGAUCAGUAUCAGUUUUGAUGUGGAGGCAGUGGCGGAAGGUGGGUGUUUACCAUUAUAAUGAUGAUGUGGGGGCUCAAAAUGUAGGUGGGGGUCAAUUUCUCGAUGCGGAGGUUCGUUUCCCAGUACACACUAUGGUACAGUUACACCUCUGCUAAAUCAGUUUUGUUUUCGUUUGUUUGUGUGUUUUUUUUGUUUGUCUGCUUUCUACUUGUUUAGGUGGAGUUAGGCAUGGUUAUCACUGUCUUAUCUGAAGGUGAACUACGCAUCUGCUAACGAUUCGUACAAUGGAUGAGUCAGUUAAAAAGCUGCGGCAAAGUUAUUUUUGGAAAAUACAUUACACUCGAAACUUCAGCUCGCUGCAAAAUAAUCCAAUUACUUCACGCUAGCAGGUGAACAAGGAUACAAAGAGACAGAUUGAAAUAUGUACGAGGUCAAAUUUUUGUGGCUUUAUAUAUGGGUUAACUAACUAGUCUUUUAUAAUAAAGAUUUACCCAAAAUACAAAAAUACAAAGUUUCUGUGAUGUUUGAAAUCGGAAUCUAUUAAGAUCGUUUGUGCGAUAAAAAAUUGUUACAGUUAUAAACCCAGUGCAAAGUUUAUUAUUUACGUAAAAAAAGUCAUGAAAGAGAGUUUAGAAUUUGUAAAAACAAAAUGGAAAAAUU